CGGGUAGUCUGCCCGGCCCAGAAAGAACGCCCCGUCGUCGUCGACCACCCCCGGGGAGCGCUCAAUCGCCGGAGCAUCCAUAUCGUCCGCCUUUGUCUUCGCUACGCUAUGCACCUGAGCUCGAGCGUAGCGGUACUGAUUAUUGGAUGGCCCAAGGGCGGCGCGGGAUAUCGAUCCAGUCUGAUAUGAAUUUCGCGCCUGAAACGAUCUUUGAUCCGACUCGAACCCCGACCAUCGAUACGUCGGAGCCUACACAACCUGCAUUGCUCCAGGAGACCGUUCCUCUCGGGACGCUAGCUUCUGGUACGGUAAUCCUCUUGUCACCGGUUCCCAUCGGACAGAUAGCCCUGACCGCGCACAAGGUGCAAAUAUCGGACAAAAUCUUUCAAUUCGUAUUCCACAAGCGGGCUGGCAGCUCGAAGGCACAGGCGACAUCGUCAGUGUUGAGCAAAGCUUUGAUCCAUGUGAAAGGGCAACACGAAGGAAUUCCUCGGUUGGUCAGCAUUUUGGGCGCAAACCACCUGUUCAUUAGAGAAUUAACCUCCUUCGCAAACGAGUUGGAGAGGGCGGCCGGAUUCGUCAUGCUGCUUGGCAAAGGCCCUUCAAACGAUUUGCGACUUGGUAUGAACGAAUUGAUUCGAAAGCUGGACAUUUCGGAACCCAUAGGCGAUCUAGUAGAUUCUCUGCACGAACAGGUGCUUGUCCAUAAUGCAGCGUGGUUGAUCAUCACCCAGUAUGGACCUUUACUGGGCGGGAAUACCAGGUUGCAAUCAUACAGACUGCUUAACGCACCCAGCGUCGGACGUUGAAAGUGACCACCCAAUCAUAUCACCUGUAUUUUAGGAACUGC